CCUUGCUGUUGGGGCAGAACUUUGUAUUGGGGAGGGAGAAGUUCCCCACCCAACCCACUGUGGACUUAGCCAAGAAAUUUUUCCUCAAGUAUUACCCAAGGUGUCAAGUGGGAGCUGUAUGACUCAGCCCCUUACCUGUACCACCUGGGACCUCCACCAGUAGUUCCUUGUACUUUUCAGCUCCCUCCUAGGAUCAUAAGUCCUAUCAGUGGCCUAGCUUGGGACCCUUGGCAGGGCAUAGGUAUAGAACCAUGCACAGUUCUUGGAGAUAGUCUCUCUCUCUUGCUUACAGCUGGGCUGUGUCUGGUCCCUAGAGUCAGGAACUGGCCUGGGGUCACUGAAGAGACACUUUUAGCUGGGAUGGAAAGUGGGUCCCGUGAAUUGAGAAUAAUGGAGCAGGUUAUCCAUGCCACUCUCUCAUCUACUCCAGAACUGGAAAUUAAAUCAUUGUUUUCCAUCUCAGUGAAUCAAUAAAUCACUACUGGAGCAUGUCUAUCUAGGCCUGUCCUCAAAGGAGCCAAGCAGCAAUGUGUAUAGAUAGAAUAAUAAAGUAGAUAUGACUGGCAAAGUCCAUCUACUCCCUUCCCUCCACCCAGCUUGGAAAGCAGCUAGAUUUGACUCCAGGCUUCUGUCCCUUGCCUCAGUUUCCCCCACCCACCUUUCAGAGAAGGUAAUACUUUUCCCUGUGAUGCCUGUCAGCAGAUUAGACUUGAGGAGAGAGGGGGGAAAGUGUGAAGAAAGGGGCAGUGAAGGCUCACUGGCCUUGAGAUAAUGAAGUAGACACAACAAAGGAGGCUGGGGGCUUGAGAAAAAGGAGGUGCCCUUGGGGCUCAAGGGCUGGGCCAGCCUCUGCAUCCUAGCCCUUUGCCUCGGAUUCCUUCCUUUGCCUGUCUCCCAAAUCUGUCUCUUCCUGGUUUCUCUGUCCUGUCUCUUUCUAUGGAGCGGAAGGUAGUUCUCAUCACCGGCUGUUCCUCUGGAAUCGGUCUGCAUCUGGCACUGCGCCUGGCGGCUGAUCCUUCAGGCAGCUUCAAAGGUGGGAAGAGAGCGGGGGCCAAAGACCCCGGAGGGGUGGAGGGGUGCCUGGUUUCAGGUGACGAGGGAAGGGAAGAUUUGUGUCCUCGAGGAAGCCCUAAUUCCAGGCAAUCCUCACUCAACUCAGUGUACGCCACUCUACGGGACCUCGGGUCUCAGGGCCCGCUGUGGGAGGGCGCAAGGGCUCGAGGCUGCCCUCCAGGCUCCUUGGAGACACUACAGCUUGACGUGACCGACUCCUGCUCAGUAGCAGCUGCCCGAGACCACGUGACCGAGGGCCGAGUGGACAUCCUGGUAUGUAAUGCUGGCCGUGGCCUGGUCGGCCCACUGGAGGCCCACACGGUAGAAGCUGUGGGCUCCGUGCUGGACGUGAACGUGGCGGGGACAGUCCGUACGCUCCAGGCUUUCCUUCCGGAUAUGAAGCGACGCCGCGCGGGCCGGGUGCUUGUCACUGGGAGCAUUGGCGGGAUGAUGGGCUUGCCCUUUAAUGCAGUUUACUGCGCUAGCAAGUUUGCCCUGGAGGGUCUAUGUGAGAGUCUGGCUGUGCUGCUGCCACCCUUCGGGGUCCACCGCCGUUUCUGCACUCCCAGCGUCAGCCUCAUAGAGUGCGGCCCUGUACGAACCGCUUUCCAGGAGAAGCUGGAGGGGGGUCCUGGCGGAGCACUGGGAAGCACCGACCUAGAGACUCGGGCUCUGUUUUCCCGCUACCAGAGCCACUGUGAGCGGAUCUUCCGGGAGGAGGCACAGGACCCAGAGGACGUAGUGGAGGUGUUCGUCCGAGCGCUCAGUGCCCCUCGCCCUGUCCUGCGCUAUUUCAGCACUGAGCGCUUCCUGCCACUUGCCGAGCUCCGACUCUCAGAUCCUGGCGGCUCUCAAUACGUAAAUGCCAUGCACCGAGCCGUCUUCUCCGAGCCCGAGGAAGGGGAGGCAGGUAGUGAAGCCAAAGGCCUCGAGAGCCCCUGAGUUAGAAGCGCCCUUCUUUUCACCCCAACAGAUACUCUCAAUAAAGUACCCUGCCCAUAUCGCCUAACCAGUAACUGGGUUACUUUGUUUUUGAAACAAGUUUUCCAAAGGGAAGCAGAGGUGGGAGCUCGUAGGAGAGGGCUGUUUGCCUUCUUCAGAUGGCAAAACAAACGCUGGGAAAUUGGAAUUUUGGGGGGUAUUGGAAAAACAAACAAAAAUUUUUGAUUGUGUAACAGGUUAGAUCAGGUCUUACUACUUACUGACUUUGUCAAUGUGUCACUUAAGGCAAGUUAUUUCUCUGUUUUUCCUAUGUAAAAUUAAUUCAUUCACCUAUUGUAUCUAAGUCCUUGUGCAAAAAUUAGGAAAUUGGACUAAGUGGUUUAGAUCGGCAGUGUCAAACACUUGGGGGGAGAGGGGGGAGGAGAGGAAGGUCGCACUGAGUUUGGCCUGAA